AUUCGAAUAAAAUUGUGCCCAUCUCCGAUAGCAGGGCUAACGAGGUGAACGCUUAACGGUACCACCGUGCACUCGAGAUUUCAGGAUCGUUCAUUGAUUGACAAAUCGACACUUUCAACCCUUUCGACCGCAGCCAAUCUCUUGACAUAUUCCAUUAGCACUGUUCGAUCGGUAGCAUAAUCGGUAUAAUCAUAGCCUUGACGUAACCGCUGGUGUCGAGUCGCCUCUAAAGAUACGCCAAUAGUGGACCGUACGAAUGAUAAAAGUAACGCUUUUGCAUGUAAUAUCAUUACGAAUGACGUAAACAGUAGUGAACGAUAAUGUUUUUUUUUUUUCUUUUUUCUUUUAUUCCAUAUACAUCUCGAUAAACGCUCGACUACCUGUCCACUUUCCAUGUUUAACGAUUUUAGAUCGUAAAGAUGAAAGCGCUUUGCACGUUUUACGAACGAGAAUAUACCCAUCGUUUAACCUUCUCUUACUGUGUCAACAGAGUCGUGAGAUCUAUGUAGAAAAUAUGAAAUCUAGCAAAGCGAUAUUUCUGAUUUGAAAGAUGACUACGUAAUAGAAAAUUAUAAAUAAAAUUUUUAAUAAGAAAAUAAAAAUAAGCAGCCAUUCUACGGCCCAACGUAGAUGACUGAAGAUGAAUGAUAUAGAAAGUAUAAGCAUGAAAGGCAGCGGGGGAUCUAAAAUGCCUCACAGUCAUUCAACUCCGGCAGGCGUGGAUGGAGGUAGUAGAACUCCACCCACGACACCUAGGAAAGCUGGAAAAAUGCUUGCCGUUCGUGUGCAAAUGUUGGAUGACACAAUUACAAUGUUUCAAGUUCAGGCAAAAGCAUUAGGCAGGGUGUUAUUUGAUCAAGUAUGCAAACAGCUGCACCUUUUGGAAGCUGAUUAUUUUGGUCUCGAAUACCAGGAACCUAAUGGAACGAAAUAUUGGUUAGAUUUAGAGAAACCUGUUUGUAGACAAGUUGGAUUAUCAUUAAUCGAUCCUCUUUUGAGAUUCUGUGUUAAAUUUUAUACACCCGAUCCAGCACAACUGGAAGAGGAGUUUACUAGAUAUUUAUUUUGUCUUCAAAUCAAACGAGAUUUAGCUCAAGGUUUAUUGCAAUGCAAUGAUAAUACAGCAGCUCUGAUGGCCAGCUAUAUUGUCCAGGCUGAGUGCGGGGAUUACGCAACAGAGGAUUAUCCAGAUCACACUUAUCUUUCAACAUAUAAAUUUGUGCCUCAUCAAGAUCAAGAAUUAGAACGUCACAUUAUGGACAAAUAUAAAAAACACACAGGCCAAUCACCUGCAGAGGCGGACCUUAAUCUUCUAGAAACAGCACGUCGUUGCGAGUUGUAUGGAAUGAAAAUGCAUCCAGCAAAAGAUCACGAGGGUAUACCCCUGAAUUUGGCAGUGGCACACAUGGGGAUCGUAGUUUAUCAAAAUUUUACCAAAAUAAACACAUUCAGUUGGGCAAAAAUUCGGAAGAUCAGUUUUAAAAGAAAGCGAUUCUUAAUCAAACUUCAUCCAGAGGGUUACGGUUACUACAAGGAUACCGUUGAAUUCUUCUUCGAAGGUCGCAACGAGUGCAAAAAUUUCUGGAAGAAAUGCGUCGAGAAUCACGGUUUCUUCCGUUGUUCGGUAGUGAAACGAGUGGUACGACAGAAAACGCGGGUCCUCAGCCGCGGUUCAUCUUUCAGGUAUAGCGGGAAAACGCAAAAGCAAAUCGUCGAGUACGUGCGGGACAACUACGUGAAGAGGCAGACGUUUCAAAGGUCCAAUUCGUUCCGGCAGACUAGCGGUGGUAGGGCAUUGCAGGGCUUGGAGGGGGGAGGCUAUCGUGGGGCCACUCCAAGCAGCUCCCUUAUGGGCAGCUCCAGCAUCUCUGCCCACCCCCUCCUGCCCCUCGGCGAUCCUGCCCUGGAAACCCCAGCUCUGUCUCUGUCAUGCGGCUCGAUGACACUGGAUUCUCCGACGACUGUGACGAGUGUCUCGAUGGGAGGGACGAUUCACCGUCGCGAAGACACAGCUACGUCGUUUCGGACACUUACCUCCAUCGACGUCCAUUCCCCGGCCACACCCAGCCGGGUCCCAGCACCGCGGCAGAUGCUUGUUACCAGCCAGCAACGGAUUUCAUCAGCAGAUACCAAAACGAACAAGCCGGAAACACCGAAGAAACAGGAGAACAACAAUUCCGUUUUCGCGAACACGCCAGACCUUAGUCCUGUGAAGCACGUAGUACGAAACGGGGACGUCGAGGACGCUGAGGUUCGAAAGACAAAAAGAUGGCCCACCGACAAAGCAUACUACAUAGCGAAGGAGCUUCUGAUGACCGAGCGAACGUACAAAAAGGAUCUGGACGUGAUAAACGUGUGGUUCAGGGAGGAGGUAUCUCGAGAAGCAGCGGAAUUGGAGGGCGAAGCGGUGGUUUCGCUGAUCGAGCUUUUAGCGGACGUCCACGGGCCUUGCCUUCAAGAAAUGGAGUCGAGGCUGGCGCGGUGGGAGAGCAACGCUAGGCACAACAUCGGUGAUUUUCUUUACAACACCUUACUGAACGUGCUGCCGCUUUACGAUCAAUAUCUGGAGAAUUUAAUACCCGUCCUCGAGAAGAUGGAAUAUUACACGAGGACGUCCCGACGCUUCGAUCAACUCUGCCGGGAUUUCGAGUCUCAGAAGCAUUGUUAUCUGCCGUUAACUUCAUUCCUAUUGAAACCGCUGCAACGAUUAUUGCACUACAACAGUAUUAUCGAUAGAUUAUUAGAUCAUUAUCCGAAAGAUCACACGGACUUCGAAGAUUGUCUGGCAGCCAGAGAUCGAUUAGGAGAAACAUUGCUCGAAGGACUUAGCAUAAUUAAUCAGGCGGAGAAUUUGGUCCAAUUAUGCGAGAUGCAGAGAGACAUCAGUGGUUUCGACAACCUGGUUCAGGAAGGUCGCAGAUUCAUUAGGCAAGGCUGCUUGCAGAAGUAUAGCCGUAAAGGUUUUCAGCAGAGAAUGUUUUUCCUGUUUUCGGACGUAUUAUUGUACACAUUCCGUACGCAGCAGCCAACGCAGUGUUUCCGUGUUCAUGGUCAGUUACCGUUGAAGGGGAUGAAAAUUCGAGAGAGCGAUAACAAAACUGGAUCGGACUUCGCGUUCGUAAUCGACGCCCAAGGAAAUCAGUCGUUGACCGUCGCAGCGAGCAACGAGGAAGAAAAGGAGAGAUGGUUGGAGGAGCUCCAUAUGGCUAUCACGCAAGCUGACGCGGAUCCAAAAAUGCCGUACUUGAACGUGCAGUCCUGCAUUUUAGGCUCAGCCGACGAGGUGGGUGACGGUAUCGGAUUAGACGGGGACAGGGGAAGUUGCGGAGGUGCCAAAGCUUCUCAACGAAGCAACACGACCGUACACGUGUGCUGGCACCGAAACACCAGUAUUAGUUACAGCGAUCAAUUGCGAGCUUUUCAAAACCAACUCAGUGGAUUUCUGUUACGGAAAUUCAAAAACAGUAACGGUUGGCAAAAGCUCUGGGUCGUAUUCACGAACUUCUGCCUGUUCUUUUACAAAUCUCACCAGGACGACUUCCCAUUGGCCAGUUUACCGUUGUUAGGGUACACGGUCACUACACCGUCGGAAAAAGAUGGGAUCAGCAAGGACUUCGUGUUCAAAUUGCAGUUUAAGAAUCACGUUUAUUUUUUCCGCGCUGAAAGCGAUUACACCUUCGGGAGGUGGAUCGAGGUGAUUCGAAGCGCGACGCAGCAGAGCCACGUGUCGGUCAGCUUUAAUGGAAAGGAAGGAUAUUAACGGGUAUCCGAGACGUCUUUGAUUAUCUAGCUUAGUAUUGAAUCGAGAUGUCUCAAACGUCAUCGGACAUGACUCGUGUUACGAGUUAAAUUUAAUGAAAACAUCGCGGCCUUACUCGAGGACUGAAAUCAAAUUUUUCUACGAUCAAAAUUAUUGUUACCGACAAUCAAAAUGGAAAUCGUAUAUCAAGGGGAAAAAAUCAAGACUGUUUAUUGUUGCUUGUGAAAUGUUCGUUAGAAAAGUCUUCAACGGAAAGAUGCAUUUACCUUGUGCUCGUUUCCCUGAGCCUGUUUGUUCAAAGAAAUUUCGACGUAUCAAAACAAGCCGGAAUCGUUAUCACGUUUUCCUUGCACUUUGAUGACUGACGCGCGCACAACGAUACGCGUGAUAAGAGUGAUAUAAUUGGUAUGUAAAUAGAAUUAUUUAGAUCUAAGCGUAUUUUCGCAUUUACUUCAAAUUUACACGAAUCUGAUGAAUCGUAACUCAAGUACGUAUACAUAUUUGAGUCCCGAUAAAGAUUCAUCGAAACGGCAAGGCCGUAUCGCAUCGAUGGCGGUGAAAUUGAGACAUUAGCGUAAAACCUUGGACCAAUUUUAUAAAAUGAGAUUUCUUUAUAAAUCCCACACGUCUUGGAAGAAAAGACAAUAAUUUCGUUAGCGUAGUGGUAUUUCUUCUCGUUAUUAAAUAAUUGAUUAAUAAUUAAAUAUAUAUAUAGGUAGAUAGAUAUAGAUAGAUUCAAUUAUUAGUAAUAAUUUAAUGAUUUUACGAUUCUUCUUUGUUACGUACUACCCGCGGCUCUUUCGAAACAAAUACACGACCCGAUUGGCGAAGACUGGCCAACCGCGAAUUUUACUACACGAUGUUGAUUCUACGAUGCGUUUAAACGUCUGUUGUAACGAAUGUAUUUAUAGCGAGAGAAUCUGCGUACUAAUCUAAACGCGAAUACACACAUAUCCACGUGAACGAUUCACCGAAGAGAAUAAAAAAAAAAAGAAGGGGAACAGUCAGUGUAACUUAAUGGUUAUCUGUUUUUUAGUUACUACGAUUGUUUUGUUAUAACAUAGAAUUUAAUUAAUAUAUAUAUAUAGACAUAUCUGUAUACAUAUAUAUUAUAUAUAUACAAAAAACAAAUAAGAGAAAAGAAUUAGUUUUAUACUCGAAGAAUCGUACUCAAGGGCGAGCUUCAGCCGCGUAGCGUUCGUUCAGAUUUAUUUUCUUUUUUUUUUUUUUAAAUUAGAGAUGGGCAAAAUUUGAUUAAAUAAUACAUGACGAAUGGGAAUACCGUGUAGUGAUUUAUUCACAUUGUUUAUUCGAGUGAGCUGUUCUAAUCAAUGUUUACUCGUACGACGUUAAUUCUAUUUUAUUUUAUAAUGAAUUAGUAAUCAUUUGGAAAUUGUUUAUUUUAUAUUUGUUAUUCGAGAUUUUUAUUUAGAUAAGAAUUUUGCCUAUCUUUGCUGGAAGCGUGUUUCUGUUGACGGUUGAUAGUUAAUUUACUGCACGCAUCUCGCUCCGUUCGCAAAUAUUGCCAAACUCGUACGUUUAUCUCAAAAUAAAAAGGAUUGUAUCAUUUUCCCAAUAAAAACCGCGUUUUAUAAUGUACGCGCGAAGCAUACGUUGUUAUGUAACAUUAUGUAUCGAUAUUCUGCAAUAAACGUACAUCAAUACUUCCAA